CGCUCAGCACACCGAAACUGGACGCAGUGUGAAGUUUGAUUUUCGCCCCUUCAUUGAUAGGAGAGUAGAUGUCGUCUGCCUUGGCCAGUGUCAACAGAAGGAAUGAAAUGACAGCUACCAGGUUGCCGUACCCUAGCACCUCGCAUGACAUCAGGGACCUGAAACGGGCCUUUCCAAGUGCUUGUAAUCCUAUGGCACCCCUUAACCCACGACAGGAGCACCAGGCUGCAGCAUUCCAAAACGCCCUGAAGACUUCCGUUAACAGCUCCAAUAUGUCCAGCAUGAAACACUUUCCUUACACGGCCAUGUUUCCCACGUGGAUGAGUCCGCCACUUGGAACCGUGGAGAUGCCCCCACCUUGGCCCCCGACGUGUUUGGUCCCGAUGUUCAAUACCCAGGAUCUGGACAUGGUAUUAUACGGGUACGUCAGGAGUAAGGAAAAUGGCGGUCUGGUGGGGCAUGCACUGUCAGGACUCCGCAUCAAUGAGCUAAGUCAUGGUAUUGAGAAGAUUCUCUCGCCAAAACUUGGCGGAGGGCACGGUAGUGCGAGGGACAAGUCAUCAACACUCAUAGAAAAGACCACAUUAAAUCUUCCAGAAGGCUUGAAGAUUGUUCAGACCUCGUGUGCAGGUGCCACUCACUAUGGUGUAUUCUGUGAGAUGACCGUGAUAGCACGAGGGACAAGGUUCGGACCAUUUAGCGGCAAAGUGGUACACACCAGUGAGAUCAAGACCAAUGAUGAUAACUCAUUUAUGUGGGAGGUUUUUAAAGAUGGCCGAUUGAGUCACUUCAUCGAUGGACGCGGCAGCACUGGCAACUGGAUGGCGUACGUGAACUGCGCUCGAUAUGCCCAAGAGCAAAACCUCAUAGCAAUCCAAACCGAAGGGCAGAUCUACUACGAAGCGUGUAAGGACCUACCCCGCGGAUCAGAGCUGUUAGUCUGGUACGGGGACAGCUACCUGCAGUUUAUGGGAAUUCCGGUAGCUUUAAAGGACAUGAUGAGUGCUACCGGGCAGGAAGACGUGGACGGUGGAGAAGGCUUUACAUGCGAGCGAUGUGGCAAGGUAUUCGCCUAUCAGUAUUACAGAGACAAACAUCUCAAAUACACCAGAUGCGUCGACCAAGGAGACAGAAAGUUCCCCUGUCAUUUGUGUACAAGGUCAUUUGAGAAGCGGGAUAGAUUACGGAUCCACAUUCUUCACGUCCACGAGAAACAUCGCCCUCAUCACUGCACAGUCUGCGGCAAAAGCUUUAGUCAGUCUUCUAGUCUCAAUAAACACAUGCGGGUCCAUAGUGGCGAGCGUCCUUACAAGUGUGUCUACUGUAGCAAGGCAUUCACAGCAUCCAGUAUCCUCCGGACGCACAUAAGGCAGCACUCAGGCGAAAAACCAUUCAAGUGUAAAUUCUGUGGGAAGGCAUUUGCAUCGCACGCAGCACACGACAGCCACAUGAGAAGAACGCACACACGUGACAAAUUACCGUCUGCGAACUUGAACCGGACGCCGGAGAAACGCCUGCCUCUCACAUUCGCGAACCCUGCGACACAGAAUACCGUGCUAGCCACAAACUUUAUGACAACACAGCCAGUUGCAGCGCCUGCUAUACCAGCUCUGUGAGACUUCGAACUUUUGAACCAGUUCCACCCUGCAGUUCAUCCCACCCGAUUACGAAAAAUAAUUAGAUACUUCCCAAACCUUGGACAACUCCACACAUGCCGUAGUGUUCGGUGAGGCAAUAAAUACCAUCCUUUCGAGAAAUCAAGUAAUCCCCUGGACGAAGAGGGAACUUUAGGCCAGGCGCGACAGACGUCAGAGUGCGAUGUUGAGUAUACGCGCGGCGCAAUUAUUUUUUUUAAUCGAAGACGCCAAAUCUCAAGUUGUGAAUGUAAUGUUUAAUAUUGUUGUUAUACGGUUCAAGUUAAUGUGUCGUUUUUUGAUGAGAUUGACAGUGUAGGAGGAUACAUGUAUCAAGAGCGGUAGAGCAAUGAUGCAGCUGCCUCUGUUCAAUAUACAUGUACAGUGGAACCCUGUAACACGACCGUUAA